AUGGAGAGCGGCAUGAUCGGCAAUAUCUGGUCACCCACAGCCGUCGGAUCUCCCAAUGUUCUAUCCCCAUCCGCUGCUCUCGUGACGCAGCCGAACCGCAGUAACCCGAACAUCCACAGACCCGCUACUAAUGCGCCAUGCGGAAACAAUGCUGAUAACUCGAAACCGAAGAAGAGCCGCGCUCUCGUGCGCCGCUGCGACUCCGCGUCGGCUGCGGAAGUGUCCCAUGUGGUCGUCGGCGUCCCAGAGCCUGGGGCCGCGCCGCCGUCCCUCGGUACUGCCGGCAGGAGCAGGACGAACACCGAGGCACCUCGAAUCGUGACACCGUCUCAGAUCUCCCCGCCGGCGGCCCUCGGUACAACCGUUGCCGCCGGCGCCGGCAAGAGCAGGACGACGGCUCGGUCGCACAACCGGACGCGCUCCGUCAGCUGCAUUCAGAGCAGCGGGCUCGAGUUCCACUUCCCCUUGUCGCUCGCGCAAGGCGCGCAAGUCGGCGCGCAAGUCGUCGCGCAUGGCGGAGCGGAAGGACGCGCAAAAGAUGCGAUUACCUCUCCGCCAACUGGCUCUGCCCCUUCCGGCGCCGCAAACGACGGGAAGGUCAAACUCACCCGCGCUCUCACCGAGCGUAAUGGCACGAGUGCCGCGAGUGGCACGGGGAGUGGCGCGGGGAGUGGCGCAGGGAGUGGCGCGGGGAAUGGCGCGGCGGGGUCGCGGCGGGAGUUCACUCGCAGCCGAACCGCCUCAGAGCGUGUGGGUGACUUCGACACUCCGCUCUCUCCGCGAGCAACUACCCGCACCCGCAGCCGCAGCCCGAUAAGCUUCGCGGCUUCCCCCGAAACGCAGCGCCCUCCACCUCUCGCCGCCCGCUCGAAACCGGAUCCUGCGGCGGCCCCGCCAGAGCCCUCCGCAGCGCCCUCUUCCGCAGCUCGCCGUUUCCCCGAUCUGUACCCAGAUUGCGGCGAUACCGAUGGUAGCCCGCGCGACCCGCGCCGCAAGAGCGACUCGGAUGCCUCCGUCGAUGACCUAUACCCCAGCUCAGGCGCUGUCUUUCCGCGAUUUGCCUCCAUCGGCGACGUUUCAAGCGCCGAGGACUCGGACACUGUCGGUGACGAUAACGCAAAUGGUAACGCAAAGGCCAAGAAAAAGUUGCAUCCGGCGUUAUCCCGUCGCUCCCGCUCUGCGGGCUCUCAGUCAGCCGCCGCAUUGGCCGCUAGCAUGGGGGUCGAUCGCGGGGGAGAGGUGUCGGGCGGAAUCGCCGGAUCGCGCACGGGACCGUCUGUGGUGCAGCUCGCGCCGCGGAUGGGCUUUGUGGAUUGGGCAGGAAUCGGUAGCCCGAAAACCGGCGGAACCGGUACCAGCUUCGGCGCCAGUAGCGGCGGCGCCAGCGUUGGCGGCAGCAGCGGCGGCGGCGGCGGCAGUGGCGCGAGCAAGCUGAGGUUACAACCGUUGGACAGCAGCAAGUCGCCCUCUUCCGCCAGUCCAUCCCCGCGCUUCCCCGUAGCUAUUCCCUCCCCUUCCGCCGCCUCUCCGCUACCCGCGGGACCAAUGCCUGGCUCGCGGAGCCUCCCCCCUGCCGCUUUCCCAUAUUCUGCUGGUGCGCCCCCGCUCUCCCCGCUUGGCCGCGCCGGCACUGCCGUAGUUCCCCGCCCAACCCACCGCCGCGCCAUAAGCGCCGCGCAGUUGUCCCCGCGUGUGCCUUCCCCGUCUGCGCGCCUAGUGCGUCCGCCGAGCUCGCCUUCUGUCGCGGGGAAGGCGCCAGGUGCAGCAGCGCACGUUAACGCCGCCGCCGCCGCUGGGGGAACCAGUCGCUCCGCGUCCGCAUCCGCGUCCGUGCCAGCGGUCGCACGCUCUUCUCCCCGUGCGCGCAUCGUGCAAUCAACAACGGUGCCUUCUUCUGCGGCACGCGAAGCUACGGCGGAGGAUGGUGGCGCAUAUGCGGAGAGUACCUGCGCAACUGCGAAUCGCGCGGGGAAGCCAACGCCGAUGCUGAAGCCAGUGCCGCGGAGCAUGAGCGCAGAACCCGCGCUUGCGCUUCCCGUGCUUGCGCAUCCCCUGGGACAGGAGGGGCAGGGGGCGCAGGCAAAGCAGCAUCAUGUGGGGCAGCAGCAGCAGCAGCAACAGCAGCAGCAGCAGCAGCAGCAGCAGCAGCAGCAGCAGCAGCAGCAGCAGCAGCAGCAGCAGCAGCAGCAGCACUUGCAAGGCAGCAGUCGCGAGCAUGUGGGGAACUACCGCCGCGCGGCCCCCUCGCCUCUCGCGGUUCCUACGCGGCGCCGCAACAGCAUGUCCAGCAUGCCGCAGGGCGACGCAGCUUCAAAUUCCGCGCGUGCCGGAUUGGCUGCGGCGAAUGGCGGCGUGCGUAUCGGAAGCGCUAGGGGGCAGGGUUCACCAGGCGCAGGCGCAUGGCCCGCGCGCAGCCCUGUGGGGACGGCUGGGGGAAGGUUGGAGGGAACUAGUGGCGAAGUAGCACCCGCGCCAGCAGGAGAUAGCUGCAAGGAGCAACAGGUGGGUUACAACGGCCAGUGUCUCUCACAGCAGCAGCAGCAUUUGAAGCAGAGGCAGCAGGCGGCGAGCAGGAGAACCUACAGCGUUGUGCUUAUAGACGGAGUCCCCAUGCCCCUCCGCAGCGCCCUCAAGAGCCCCAGCAUCGACAUCGGCCUUGGGAAUACCGGGGUAAACCUUGGGAAUACCGUGGGAAGGAGCUCUAGUGUUAGCCCUAUUUUCCGCCAUGCGUCGCCGCUGGUAGCGAAAGGGGGAGGCGGGGGGAGCAGUGGGGAGAAAGAGGGGAGCGAAGGGAAGGCGGGGAAUGAGGGGAAGGAGGGGGAGGGAGGGAGGGUGCUGCACCCCCAGGCGCAGAAUAGUCCGAGGAGGAGUGUGGGGAGGGGGAGAGGUGGGGAGGGGGAGAGGUGGGGAGGGGGAGAGGUGGGGAGGGGGAGAGGUGGGGAGGGGGUGAGUGAGGGGAUGGUAGAGAGUGAGUAG